AUGAUGGUGAGAAGAAUGAAGAGAAAUCUUCUAAUAACGAAUGAUUUCAGAGCAGAGGCGUUCUGUGCGAAUUGCCGUGAACUGCUUUGCGGCGUGUGUGUGGUCGCUCACCAAAGAGUUCGCGUCACACGCGAUCAUGUCGUCAUAUCUCUACAGCAGCUUCUCAAUCACAUGACUGCAAAUGCGUUCGGCACAGGAGAGGAUGGUGUCCUUGGCGGAUCGUCGGAUUCUUCGCCAAGGCCGUCUUCAGUUUGUUCCACGCAUGACGCUAAAGUGUUCUGCUCGUGUGAGACUUGUGGUAGGGUGACACUGUGUGCUCACUGUAUAUCACGUCAUUCAGCGCAUCACAUCGUUCCUUUAGGCGAUGUGAGAGCGUGUGUGGUUUCGAUGCUUGCGGAAUCGCGUCGUAACGAACGCAGUAUUGAGGAGGCUGUGGAAAGCGUGCGCACGAUGUCUGAACGGGUCGACGCUAGUGUACAGGCAGCUGCAUCGGAACUACGGUCGCUUAUACACCUACAUAUGAGUGCUUUGGAGGAGAGGAAGAGAGAAUUGUUGCAGAGAGUGGAUACUAUCAGACAAUCCAAAACAAAAAAUUUGAAAGCUCAAGCAGAAAAUUUGAAUGCAGCGAAAGCAAAGUUUGCGCAGACUAUCAAGUCGGUGGAGGCAAUCACUUCUGAAGAUGAUAACUCUCAACUCGCAAACGCUUUCCAAGACCUACUGCAGCUAUACGCACAGCCUAUCCAUCUGAUUCCGCACGAGAAUGAUGCUGUUAAGUUCACCGUUCCUGACAACCAGCUUCUCUCACAAAUUCGAACUCUGGGUGAACUCGAAAGUGGGCCAUGUGCUCGUCAGUGCCAUUUGGUUGGCGAAGGAUAUAAAAGACCCAUCCGCGAGCGCCAAUGCAUCGUUUAUGUGCAACUACGUGAUGCAUGCGGUGAGGUAGUGCCGACCGACCGAGCUGAUGGUGGCGUUCGAGAUAUUACCGCAACAGUGAUCGCACCUGAUGGGCGCAGUCUUGAAGUUCACAUUGGGCGCAGCGAAAGUGACCCAGGCGUGAUUGGCAUCGCUUAUUACCCAGUACUUGAUGGUCAGCAUCAACUAGACAUACGAAUUCGAGGGGUAUCUAUAAGCGGUUGUCCAGCUGUAGUAGAUGUACGCCAUGGACGUAAUUAUGCUGAAAUUGCUGCUCAAGGAGAAUUGUUCUCAUUUGGAAAGGAAGGAUCCGCAGAUGGCGAACUCUGCCGUCCGUGGGGAAUUUGCGUUGAUUUGCGUGGUCGAGUGCUUGUAGCAGAUCGAAGCAAUAAUCGUAUCCAGAUUUUUGAUCGGGAUGGUGGUUUCCUUGCCAAAUUCGGUUGUGGUGGAACUCGUUCAGGACAAUUCGAUCGCCCAGCUGGUGUCACGGUCAAUACAAGG